AUGACACCUUCCGGCCGGGCCUUGUUCUGGGCGGAUGAGCCGCGCUCCGCCAUCACGCCUCCGAGGCCGAAAAUCAACAAACGCCACGGACCAAAGGUCGUUUCCUCGGCGUGGAAGAGCGGGUCCAUGCCCAGCGGAAAGACUCGCGGCCGACCUCCCAUCAACCGGACCCCUAUCGACGUAGAGUCGCCCUGGACGCGAGAUAUACCUCCUUUCCCGUCUGGUAGUACCGCCACCGCCACUACUGCAGCAAACCUUAAAACACCUUCUUCGAUGCACCUAGCCGGUCCCGGCUCCGUGUCCCUCGUACCAAACUUACCACCGCCCGCAGCUCCAACCGUGAUACCGCCAUUACGAACCGAAGCUCUAUCAUUAGCGAGUGCGGCACUCCCAGUGACGUCUCCGUCCGUCACCUCGAAACCCGCCCGGCCCGCAAUCUCCCUCAGCGUGCCCGAAAGAAGCGGUGCGCCUGUGAGGCUCGCCACGCCUCCGCCUCCACUUCCGCCGCCGGCUCACGGGCCCACCAUUCUACAGCCAGCCGCCAUUUCCAUACCACCUAUCCUCACGGCUAUGCAAGACAACGAGACCACGACCACAACCUCGGCCAUCCCUCAGCCUCCGUCUCAGUCUUCCCAUCCGCAGGUGGAUGUCCUUCGAGACGGGAUUGACGCGGAAUUGAACAUAAAGGGCACUGGCCUCGCAACCCUCGGGUACGGAACGGCCCGCCCAACCCUAGGUCUACCGCCCGAUCGUUGCGCAGACAGGGCUGUCGCGGAAGAGGCGGCACCGUCGUCUGCAGGCGACAGGCCCAACAUUGCUUCCCUGCCGGCACCGAGACGCGGCUUCUUCGACUCCUUUGACGACCGCACCAACGUAGACGCCUUGUUCAGCCACUUUGUGCUGGAAGCCAUGAUGGCGGACUGGGUCGACGCCGAGGGCAACCCCGCCGAGUCCGCCUCCGCCGAGGAGGCGAGCGCCAUCAUCACCACCAUCAUCGAAUCGCUGUGGCGCUCGUCCACGUCCAACGAGUCCUUCCUCAUCAACGUGGCCGCCCUCGCGGGGGCAAGAUGCUCAUGA